CCGCGUCUUCUCGGGAGCCGCCUCUUCCUUUAGUCCUGGUGUCAGCGCUCGCAGGACCACUCUCCGCCGCUGCUCCUACCCCGCGUUCCUCCGCUCCGCGCCUGCAGCCACCGACGACAUGCUGCGCUGCGGCCUGGCCUGCGAGCGCUGCAGGUGGAUCCUGCCCCUGCUGCUGCUCAGCGCCAUCGCCUUCGACAUCAUCGCGCUGUCCGGCCGCGGCUGGCUGCAGUCUAGCACCCACAUCCAGACAUCCUCGCUUUGGUGGAGGUGUUUCGACGAGGGCGGCGGCAGCGGCUCCUACGACGAUGGCUGCCAGAGCCUCAUGGAGUACGCGUGGGGACGAGCAGCUGCCGCCACGCUCUUCUGUGGCUUUAUCAUCCUGGUCAUCUGCUUCAUCCUUUCCUUCUUUGCCCUGUGUGGACCGCAGAUGCUUGUUUUCCUGAGAGUUAUUGGAGGCCUCCUCGCACUGGCUGCUAUAUUCCAGAUCAUCUCCCUGGUGAUCUACCCUGUGAAGUACACACAGACCUUCAGGCUACAUGAUAACCCUGCUGUUAAUUACAUCUAUAACUGGGCCUACGGCUUUGGAUGGGCAGCCACCAUCAUCUUGAUUGGCUGUUCCUUCUUCUUCUGCUGCCUCCCCAACUACGAGGAUGACCUUCUGGGUAAUGCCAAGCCCAGGUACUUCUACCCUCCUGCCUAAUGUGGGAGGAAGACCCCCAGAAAAGCCUGCUGCAGUACGGAUCUGAGGAGGAAACUGUUCUCCAAGGCACAAGGAACCUAUGUUUGGGCAAUGUUCAUAUGAUCAGAAAUGCUAGAAUAAAUGCUAAGGAAAAUUCUUCAUAAAUACUGUUGUUUCAUGUAUGUCUUGUGGAGUUAAAAAGACUUGUUUCUGUUUGUUAAGUAUAUGCUAGUUUUUUUUCUUACAUCAAUUCUAUAUCAUUUAAGCUUCAUUUGUUAAGGAGUAUGCCUGUGAAACUUGAUAAGGUAGAAAUGCAAUGGCUUCUCAUUUAAGAAUCUGACAGAGCUUUUGUUUUUCCACAUAGAGUGGGUUGUUUCUAUAAGGGCUAUAGAGAAGGAAACUUACUGGCAAGAUUUCAGUGACCAAAUAUUCUGAAAUUAAUGUUUAAAAAAACUUUCAUUUUCAGAACAUGUAGUUUUCAGUUCCAUAAAGAAACAGAAUGGUUUUCUAAGUGAACAUUGUCUAUGAGAAUUUUUAGUCAGUGUUUUCAACAAUUAUUGUUUUGCUAAGCUUUGUGUUGACUUGCUCUGAUGUGUGGGAAAGUGUUCUAACAUGGCCAAGGUUACAGUAUACAGGCCACUGUCACUACUGAAAUACUAAGAAGAAUUUCCUCUUUUAACGUAGUUUAGAGGGGUAGGGUGUGGGAAGAAGCCAUAUUAAAAAAAUCUGUACAGUUUUGUGUGUGUAUGUUUAGAACCAGUGUAGACUGGAUGGGAGGAUGGCCUGAUGGAUGUGAAGAGGUUAAACAGGAAGGCACAGGAGGGUCACCACUGUCAUAGCAGCGCCAUGCAAACAUCCCGGGAGAAGACACGUCAAUGCCUCCUCUCAGCCUUAACUGAGUUCUACUCUUAGACAGCUAGAACAGAUUUUAACUGUAACAGAAACAUAAAUACAAUUAAAAACCUCGUCUUCCUUGGUAAACAGACUUAAAAUAUCUGUAUAGUACAUACAAGUGGAAAAUUUGGGAAUGAGUUUCUCUGACUACAUAUCGGAAGGGCUACUAUUAUUUUUUUUUCUUACCAUUUAUACUUACCUAAUGGAAACGAGCUUAUUUUAAAUAUCAGAACACUAUUUUGUAAGUUACAGCAAAGACAGUUGCAAUUUUCAUUACUAGCUUCCCCCAAUAAACCAGGUGUUCAAAUCUUG